AAAAUAUCCACCAAUUUGGCUAAAAUCGCAUUUGCCACGUACACAAAUACGUUGUACAUGUAAUUAAGUAAUAAAUCUGCGGGUUACGUGCACGCGGCUUCAUAAGUUUUUCGUAUAAUAUAAUUGCGAAUAAAAACAAAAAUGGAUGACAACAAAAGUUUCGCCGAAAAAAGGUUGAGCAUAACACGAGAGGCGGAAUUACUGCAGAGCUUCGUCAGGGUUAAUAUUCGGGAAUUUGACGAUGAUAAUAUCGAAGCAGAUGAUCAUAAUGCAGAUGCUAAGAAAACCGAAGAUAGCGAGGCCAAGAGCAAGCAAACGAUUCCUGCUGAUGCUUCCAAACGGCUGUCGAACCAGUUCAUCGAGGAAUCGAAGAAGCGCGGAAAGAAACGUAGAAGAAGAUUGGGCAUUCGCUAUGAGGAAUUAUAUUGCGAUAAAGACAGGGCAGCCGCGGUUAAUUUGGGCUCGAAGGAUAUCAAACAAUCGUUGAAGAUAAAGCGCAAGCAGGACCGUUCCAAGGCGCUGCAAAUACCAGAAGAAGCGGAGCCCAGCACGUUCCUGGCGCUCGGGAAUUACGAAAUGUGCAGAGGGGACCUGCCUAUCGCCAUAAACUUUAUUUCGAAGGCGCUAGAUCUGAAUCCUAACGAAAAGAACGCUUUGGUUGCCAGGAGCAAAUGCUACAUUCUCUUAGGUCAGCCCAAAAAUGCUCUGGCAGACGCCGAAUUUGCUUUACAAAUAGACAAAAAUUUCAUCAAAGCUAUUUACCAAAAAGCAGAAGCGCUCUAUUACUUGGGAAAUUUCGAGCUCAGCCUGAUGUACUAUCACAGAGGACUGCACGUUCGACCGGACCACGAAGGUUUUAAACUAGGCGUUCAGAAGGCUCAGAAAGCUAUAGAAAAUGCCAUAGGCAGUCCUGAUACAUUCAAAGAAAUAACGAAAACUCUAAAGAACAAGCCUUUAGCAACAACAGAGGAAAACAGAAACGAAAGUCGAUCUUCCAAAGAAAGUAAUAAAAGCGCCACAACUUCAAAGUCUGGAAGAAAGAGCAGACUUCUACGCGAACUGGAGGUGGACAAAGCUUAUCUGGAUAACCUCAUGAACAAUCCAGAUAUUAAGUGCAAGUUCAAGGAAAACAACGAGUCGAUUGAAAAAUGCAUCAAGGAUACGGUAGAUUAUUUAAAGGAGCGGCAGGAAUUUUGGCGGCAGCAAUUACCACCUAAAUACAAAUAAGAAAAAAUUGAGAAAAAUGAAAUAGUUUUGCAGUAUUUAUUAUUUUCAAAUGGUUAUUGAAGUUAUAGUAAUAAUGUAGUACCUACCUAUGCACAUUUUUGUUGAACUUUUCCUGUAGAACAUUCCUUCUGUUGAACAGGAAAUUGUAGGUAUACUGAUUAUUUAAUUUAAUAUUGUAAUUAUUAUGAUUGUUAUUAAACAUAGUAGCUUGA